AUGGAUGAAGCGACAAAUGUGCCAUUGCAGCCUCCAACAUUUGGGAACUUUAUUACGAUUUUGAGCAUCGAUGGAGGCGGAAUCAGAGGAAUCAUUCCAGGAACCAUCCUUACUUUUUUGGAGUCUGAACUUCAGAAAUUAGAUGGUGAGGAUGCAAGAAUCGCCGAUUAUUUCGACGUGAUUGCUGGGACGAGCACAGGAGGGCUUUUAACGGCCAUGAUAACGGCACCAAAUGAAAACAACCGACCUUUAUUUACAUCAAAAGACAUCAAACAAUUCUUCAUCGAUCAUUGUCCAAUGAUUUUCCCACAGACAAUAAAAUGGCCAUUAGUAAAGGUGUUGAAAUCUAUAGAAGGUCCAAAAUACGAUGGCAAAUAUCUACACAAACUAGUGAAGGAGAAAUUGGGUGACACAAAGCUAAACCAAACACUUACUAACGUUGUAAUUCCAACGUUUGACAUUAAGCUUCUUCAGCCAACCGUCUUCUCUAGCUACGAGAUAAAAAAAAAUCCUUCUUUGGAUGCUUUGUUGUCGGAUAUAUGCCUUUCGACUUCAGCAGCACCCACUUAUCUUCCAGCUUAUUACUUUAAAACUGAGGAUGUUGCUGCUGGAACAGUUAGGGAGUUCGAUCUUGUCGAUGGUGGUGUUGCAGCUAAUAAUCCGACUCUAUUGGCUGUGGGUGAAGUAACAAAGGAGAUUAUAAGACAAAGCCCCGAGUUCUUCCCUAUAAAACCAAUGGACUACCGGAGAUUCCUUGUCAUCUCUCUCGGCACCGGAGCUCCGAAGGCAGAGAUGAAAUUCACGGCGGAGCAAGCAGCCCAUUGGGGGCUGUUUGGAUGGCUGACUGCGGGCGGCACCACCCCGAUAAUUGACGCCUUUUAUCAAGCCAGCUCUGACAUGGUAGAUUUCAAUCUCUCUGUGGUUUUUCAAGCCCUUCAUUGUGAAGACAAGUAUCUCCGAAUUCAGGAUGAUACGCUAAGCAAUGAAUUAUCGACGCUGGACGAGGCAACAGAGAAGAAUUUGGAAGGUCUUAUAAAAGUAGGGGAAGCGCUUUUGAAAAAACCAGUUUCAAAAGUUAAUCUAGAGACCGGCGUCUUUCAGACCGCUGAUUCACAAACCAACGAAGAAGCUCUCAUCAGGUUUGCUAAACUGCUGUCGGAGGAAAGGCGGCUCCGCCAUGCUCGGUCUCCUCAUGGAAAAGCUGCGAGUUUCAAGGGAAAUCAAUUGUCUAUUUCUUAA